CUUUCUUCGUUUCAUGGUUUUUCAGUUAAAACCCUUUUUUUCCGCACCCCCCUUCCCUUUUUUCAUUACAAGACUUCAUCAUCAGACAUCAAUUCCCAAUCCAACUUUUCAAUACCCAGAUUUCCAUUCUCCAUCACAAUUCUUAAAGUACUUUUUUUUUUUUUUUCUUUCUUUCUGGGGUUCCAUUUUUUCGUCUUCUUUUUAAGUUUUUGUUCUUGCUUGCUUUUCACUUUUCACCAUCAUCGUGUGUUUGUUUGUAUAUGGAUCAACAAGACGAAGCGAUUGCGAAGGCAUCGAAUUUCCGAUCAUUGAACCACUCGGCGUGGCUCGAAAUCAGGCUCUUCUACGUUCGAAUCUCUCCUUGCGUCAUCGACAGCGUCCCCGAACACCUAACCCUAUGCCAUCCCCACCGUGAAAUUGGGGUUUCCCUCGUCAUCAACGGCUCCCCCGUCCCGGCGUCGGAGGCUGCGCCGCUCCCUCUUCGGCGCGACCGCGUCGAUAGGGAAUCGGCGGAGGUGACUUACGUCAGCACCGACAGCGUGCGCGUCACGGGAAGCGUGGAGUUCGAGGUGUACGAGAAGGAAGGGCUGUUCCUCUGCGGGUCAUUGGAGCGGUUGGAUGAUGCUGAUUGGGGCAAUGGGAAUGUGGCGGGUUCGGGUUCAGGUUGGAGCAUGGACUGCCACGUGGCUUCCGGGUCAAUUGGGUCGGGUUCGUCGGCUUUCUUCCGGCCGAAGCUCGGUGUUUCUGCGCCGUCUAUCGAGGUUUACGUGGCGGGGUGUUGCUCCGGUGUGCCUGUGAUUCUGAGCAAGACAAUUCAGAUGAGCCCCAGGAGGAGAGUGCCUAGGCAUGCCACGUUGGAUGCUAUUCCUGAAGAUGAGGAAGUGAUGAUGAUGAUGAUGGAGAAGGAACACAAUGGUAUGAAUGGGUUGAUUCCUCAAAGGAAAUUGCAGAUAACAGGGUCAGAAGUUGAUGAUUAUGAUUCUGAUGGGAAGAUGAUGGGGCAUGGUUAUUACUCUCAAGAGAUGUAUCUCGGUGAGGAUGGGCAACUCUCAUGGUUCAAUGCUGGUGUUAGGGUUGGUGUUGGAAUUGGCCUUGGCAUGUGCGUAGGUAUUGGGAUUGGUGUUGGACUGCUUAUGCGCUCAUACCAAACGACAACCAGAAAUUUCAGGAGGAGAUUUUUCUAAGCGGUAAUAAGGAAUUUGCUACUCUAGUUUAAUGAGAAGCGCAAGAAAAUAUAUUGGAGUUCAAGGGUGGGACAUUCCUAGAGGAGGAACUAAGGAACUAAAAGUUCAAUAAGUUGAAUGCAUGAAGCAUAAGUUUUGUAGAUGAGUGGAGUGUGCAUUGUCUUGUUUUGUAGCUUUCUUGCAGAUACGUUCUUGUAUCACGUAGAUUUGAAUUUCAUGUAAAUUGCAUCUGAUCCUCGGAUAGAUUUUUAGUGCUCCUCCUGAUAUGCAUGCUACACCCACUUAAGUUACUAUACAUGGACUCACAUAUUUGCAUUCACUCUCAUUUUUUUUUUCUAGGCAACUUCAUUUCUGAUACUACAAAUGUUCAUGCGUUAUAGCUUAAGUGGGUGUAGUGUGUACUAUAAGAGGACUAAAAAUUUACCUGUGAUCCUUUCACAAGAAUAGAUAUCAAUAAUAGAGCAAUACAACGGCUUUGAGGAUGUGGUGUGCCUGCAGAAACCAGUUUUUUUUUUUUUUUUUUUUUUGAUAACAGCAGAAACCAGUUUUCAGUGGCCUGCAAAAGCUUGCUGGAGGUUUUGAGUUUUGACUGUGAACAUGGACAGAGAUUUUACUGUUUG